GGCGUUUAGUUCAAUCAUAGAUACUAGCAACAGUAGCUCUUCGAUUUUCUUUUUGCUACAUUUGCGCCUAAACUCUUCCUUAGGGUCCCAAAUUGCAGCUCUACUCUCCCAACUUGGGAACUUUUGUUUCAGGACCAGUUUCCGCGGGGACAGGAAAGCCAGAGUACCAGCCAGACGACCAAUCGCUAGCCUGAGGGGUCACGAGACUGAGGGAAAGAGCGGCCGGAGCGGUUGUCUCUGCUGGUGAGAACAGGCCGCUGUGGGUGCCCUUCCCCCCUAACUUCCCCUCCAGAAACUGCCACUCCGAGCACUAGAGAUGGUGUUGUUCCUGGCCUCCAGCCGCCCGUGGGUCGCCCGGCUACAGCUCGGCGGUAGCGGGACGAGAAUUAGGCCGUGGGCAAUGGCGGCGCUGCGGGCUUGCUGGGCCUCCCGAGAUCCCCGGGAGACCUCUAGCCUCAACCCCGAGCGCGCUGGCCGUGAUUGGAGCGCACGCGCAGCACCCCUGGGAGUGGCUCGAGGCCUCCCUCCCUGGGCGCUCCUCCGAGAACAGGGUGGAUGUGUUCGAUAUGUUCAUACUCAUGUCCAUCUUGAACAAUCAGAAGAUGGAAGACUGAUUUAUACGGGGAACAUGGCAAAAGCAGUAUUUGGUGUUAAAUGUUUCUCUUAUUCUACAAGCCUUCUCAGCCUCGCAUUACUCCCAUAUAUAUUUGGACAAACUAAUAUUGAAUUUGGAAGUCUGCCUCUGAAAAUUGCAUUUUAUGGUGCUUUGGGAACUUUUACAUUAAUUACUCCAAUGCUGCUUCACUUUAUUACAAAGGGAUAUGUGGUUCGAUUGUAUCAUGAAGCCAAGACAGACACUUAUACAGCCAUUACUUAUAAUAUUGUUCUUUUAGAAAAGAGAACAGUGUUUCAUCAGAAUGAUGUAAAGGUUCCAGAUAUCAAAAGUAUAUUUACUUCAUUUUAUGCAAAAACAAAAUCAAUGCUUGUUAAUCCAAUGCUUUUUCCACAUCCUCAAGAUUAUAAUCAUCUUAUGGGCUAUGAUAAGCCUUUUACUUUUGACAUUGAAGAAUCUGAUGAAAAUAAAUAGCAUGAAGAAGAUAAAUGUGACCCUCUUUGUUGUUGUGUAGCUUUUCAACUGUAUGUUUUUUCUAUCAUUGUAAAAUAAUAAAUUAUAAUUUUAUUGUUAA